AUGUCGUCGAACGAGUUGCAGUACGAUAAUACGACGAUGGUGAGAGACGUUGAAGCGAAGGAGGAGGACGAGCAAACAAGAGAGACGAGGGACAAGUGUCGAAAACUGUGGAAAACUUUGGACGCCGCGUUGGCCGAUCGGGACGAUAACCUGUACGUGGCUGUUCGUCAGAGCUUGCACAAGGUUAAUCAGCUUUCACGAGGUGAAAGGCCCUCGCUGAAAAGCUCGGAGGCCGGCGGCAAAGGCGGUGUCUCGCAAGAGUCGAGCAUGGGCAGAUUCUCCACGAUCAAGGCGUUCUUUGAUCAAAAUGUGGGACAGGAGGGGGGCUCCCCGUACAGGUGCAGAAGUGGAACCAUUAUGGGCAAGCUGAUGAGAGUGCUCGAACUGAGGAAACGAGAGACCAGUUCUAUCAUCGAAACCUCGUUCUUCGCGGUCGAUUCGGUUAGUUUGUUUAAUUUGAAGUUUAAUUUGUGGCGAGGUUUAGUAUUUGCGAAGAGUGAAGAAUAUCUUGGAUCACAUUCAAUCCCUUAA